AAGUCAUCGAGCCCUUCAAUCCUGAAGGCUAGUAGUCUUGGUGGUUUGCGGGGAUGGUCCCCCCCACUAUCAGGUUCUAACAAUGUGAUAGGUAACCCCCACAUUGAUAUGCGGCAUAUGAUUGGUGUUGCACAGAAUGCCAUGCGAGGCAGCAAGCAUCAGGAAACACCCAACGUUCGGUGUGGACCAGCCUUCGCAGCAGAUCAAGUUGCUCCGAAUAGUUACCUGGGGAGAGCUUUGAAAAAGUCUGUUGGCAGUGCAGAACCGGUUAACACACCUGCCGAUGAGCCUGAUGAUUCUUCUUCUUCUUCAUCCUCUUCUUCGGAUGAUGAGUCUAGCUCUGGGAAUGAGCGCCGUAAGAAGAAGCAUCACAAGAAGAAGAAAUCAUCACGCCGUUCCCGUUCUCAUUCUCGUGACCGAUGGGAGAAGCCAAUCCUGCCAUGUACGUACAAUGGUAGUGAUGACCCGAAGUUAGUUGCAUGUUUUAUUCAGGAAUGUGAUCAGUAUCUGAAGAUGGGAAACGUUAAAGACGAGGACAAGGUUUUUCGGAUUUCUCGUUACCUUGAGGGCAAGGCCCGUGAUUUCUAUGACCAAAGCGUUAGUAUGAAUUACAACGAAUGGGAUUUAACUACCUUCUUCUGGGAGAUGUUUAAUUACUGCUUCCCUCGGGAUUUCCGGGCUAAGGUUCGUCGAAGAAUCAGGCAGUGCUUCCAGGGUGAUCGUGAUGUACGUGCGUAUGCUCAUGAGCUGAAGGGACACUACCAUAUGCUCGGAGAUGAGUCAGAACGUACUCAAGUGCUCCGCUUGUGGUAUGGGUUACGGUGCGAUCUCCGGGAGGAGCUGAGUCAUUGUUUCUACGAUGAGGAAAUCAAUACGUGGCACGAGAUUGUUGAUAUGGCUGAAAUCCUUGACAUCACUCAGCGUAGAGAUGAAGGGAAGUCUCGUGGGGACUAUGAACAUAACCGCCGUGCCAAGAACCGUCGCACCAAUGAGACGACGGAGCGGAAUAAAUGGAACGACAUACCUCGCUCGAAGCAGGAUCAUACUCCCAAACCUGCACGUCAAAGCUUCAAUGACGAACUACGUGAAUUGUCAGGCAUUCCACGUAAAGGGCCUGUUCGUAAUUGGGAAAAGCCUGUUGUGGAUAAAAAGUCCCCCUGGCAUGAGCACAAGUUGGAUAAGAAGCAACGUGAUGAAUACCUGGCUGAAGGGAGGUGUUUCCGUUGUGGAAAGGUCGGACACACCUCACGACAGUGCCCUGAGGGUAAUGCUGUAGCCUCUGGCUCGCGUUCUGGUCCUCCUGGUCGAAGGAAGCCUCCCAUGAUGUCCUCCUCGAAUAUCCAGUUCAAGUUGAAGGAAGCGGAUCGCUUGUCUAAGGCCGCGGAUAGAUCCACUAGCUUCGAACUCAACAGUAUUGGUUUGGAGCUUAAUGACGACGGUGUGGACGACAUAUCUAGUCAUUCGUGGACUCCUACGGAUGCUGAGUUGUGGCUUGACCAGCCCAUGGGCGACAUGCUAGAUGAGUGGUGGACUUGGCGUAUGAAUGCCGAGACCAACUGGCCAGAUACACUUGCAUUAGGUGGUCACGGAGGCAUGGAGGGCGGGAAUCCACGGUUCAGCAUGUACCGUACAAAAGGUGUAAAUUUUGUCUUGUUCGACUCCCUACGAGACGAGCAGGACGAAGUACUGGUACCUGGGAAUGUGGUUCAGUACGGUGACAUGGUUUCUUGGUACAGGUCAUACCUCAUUCAGACGUACUGUAUCCCAUCGGUUGAACUACCUCCUCCCUUGGGGAAGGAUCUAAUGGCCAUGUUCAUUGAGGAAUACCUGGACAAUGGGUUUAACGAUGAGUUCGAUGGUCUAGCAAAAAGAUUUACAGUUUCGUACAAAUCCCCGAACGUUUUCCACGUAAAGGAUCGUGUUCUUGGGCACGAGUUUCGUCUGCCUCGUGUGAUGGCCUUACACCCGAAGUUCCGGCUGUACAACUGGUGGUUGGCACGAGUUCAACGCUGGGAGAAGACACAACUACGUACCUGCUGUUGGUCUGGUUGA